AUGUCGAAAAUUGUGGUUUUCAUCCUUUCCCUUCUUUCUCUGCUAGGUUGUAGCGAUGCAGGUGAAGAAUCAAUCGAACCAUUGAACAUCCUUGAUCCAUCUCCCAUGAUCCUUCAAAGCUUGUCUCACACUGAUGUCCCUGUUGCUGUCUCCGUGAGUGAACGCCAUCUUUAUGAGAUUUCUUCUAGCAUUUUAAUGGCAGAAAGCUGGGUCAGGACCCAUGUUCUGGCCUACUUCCCUUCGACCAAAAUCAGCACCAUUGUGGUGGGAAAUGCUGUCCUCUGCAACAGAGAUCAUGAAGAGAAUUGGGGUUUGAUUCUGCCAGCUCUGAAGAACAUUUUCUACUCCCUCGUCAGAUGGGGCUUGGAGAAAGAAAUCAAGGUGUCGGCUUCCUUUUCUGGUGACUGUUUAAAUCUAAAUUCCGACACAUUUAGAGAUGAACUAACCGCGAAUCUUAUCAGUCCUCUGUUAGGUUUUCUUCGGAACUCCAACUCAACCUACUGUGUCAGCCCAACUGCAAAUUUUUCUCCAUUGUCAUCUGAAGCUAUAGACUUGGUUUCUGCUCACUUUGAAUCCAUCAAAAAGCUUGUACCAUUCCAGAUGAAUGGGUUUAAUGUCGUCCUCUGCACCCAAGAAAAACAGAGACCCAAGAGCAGGAAGCUCUCAUUCAUGAGUUCCAAUGUUGUCGACCCUUACCCUGCACAUAUGGGAAAAAACCCACAACCCCCAUUAACGGGGAUCGCUCUUCCACCAUCGAAGUCCUUCUCUUUUCCACCAAAGGCCUCUCCUGUGGUUAGCCCCUCGAACCCACCUGAUGCUGUCUCGUUGCCCCCAUGUAUUGCGGUGGACAUGGGAGCGCCAACGCCAGAAACAGGGGAAGUGAAGGGGCUCUGGUGUGUGGCAAAGCCUAGUGUUCCUGCAACUACGUUGGAGGAAGCUAUGGAUUAUGCUUGUAGGGAAGGCGGUGCUGAUUGUGAGGAGAUUAAACCUCAUGGAAGCUGUUAUUACCCCGAUAGAGUUGUCGCCCAUGCGUCUUAUGCUUUCAAUAGUUAUUGGCAGAAGAACAAGAGAAAUGGAGGAACUUGCAGUUUUGGAGGGACUGCUAUGAUCAUUAAUUCAGAUCCAAGUUUUCAGCACUGUAGGUUCAUUCUUAGUUGAGGUUGGAGACUUGUUAGAAGAGAUUUUUGCUGCAAGUUUAUUCAUGGAAGGAGGGGUGGU